AACGUCAUUCGGUAAAUAUCGGUCGGCUGCCAGGCACGAAGUGAAACGGAUCUGAAGGACUUCGGUUUACCGUUUUUUUCCCAUUAAAGUGUCACUUGUAUUUUCACUUUUUCGGUGCCCUAAAUCAAGUCUAGUGCCCCAUUCAGUCACCAUUCGAUUCCCCAAAGUUUUUUUUAUGACGAGGACACAAGCCUCGCACCUCGGCAGAUCGUGAUCAGAAGGAGAAGCUCGACUCUUUCAAAGCAGAAAUAAUGGCCAGCAGACCUGGAACCGCCCAAAGGCCGAAUGGUCAAACCCAAGGCAAAAUCUGCCAGUUUAAACUGGUUCUAUUAGGCGAAAGUGCCGUCGGCAAGUCGAGUUUGGUGUUGCGCUUCGUCAAGGGGCAGUUCCAUGAGUACCAAGAGAGCACCAUUGGCGCGGCAUUUCUUACCCAAACCAUUUGCCUAGACGACACCACUGUGAAAUUCGAAAUAUGGGACACUGCGGGACAGGAACGGUACCACAGCUUGGCCCCCAUGUACUAUAGGGGAGCACAGGCGGCCAUCGUCGUCUAUGAUAUAACAAAUCAGGAUACGUUCGGUAGGGCGAAGACAUGGGUUAAGGAGCUGCAACGUCAGGCCAGUCCGAAUAUUGUGAUCGCUUUGGCGGGGAACAAACAGGAUUUGGCUAAUAAACGUAUGGUGGAAUAUGAGGAGGCACAGAGCUACGCCGACGAGAAUGGGCUGUUGUUUAUGGAGACCUCCGCUAAAACUGCUAUGAAUGUUAAUGAUAUUUUCUUGGCAAUCGCUAAAAAAUUACCGAAAAACGACCAAAACACGGGUCAAGGGGGUGCCGGGCACGGCACGAGACUGACAGAUGGGGAUACGGGACCAAAGACCGCCGGCAAUUGUUGCAAGUGAUGCUGCCGACGGUGGUUUCCCGAUUAUUCUGGUGAAGUGAAAGGACUAAUUUAGUGAUACCUACACUAUUAUGAACAUGUAAUAUGAUCCGCAAAUUAUUUCAAUUUUAUUUUAUUGUUAUUAUUAUAUUAAUGGUGCUGUCCCGGGUUAAAAUAAUUACUUUUUGAGCAUUUAUUAACGUUGUGGCAGCCUAUAUCAGUCCAACUUGCAAGGAAUUUAUUUAAAUCAAACUAUAUUGUUUAUAGAUUAUAUAUUAUUGUAUUGGUUAAUUUAAGUCACUAUAAUUUAACUAAAAGUUGUGAUUAUUUACAAUGGUAGUUAAGCAAAUACUAUUAUAUUCCUUAAAAUUAAUCAGUUUAUGUUUUUAACUUACUGGGUGUAAAAACGAAAGCAAUAUUGCAUGCUUUGUUUGGGAAAUUUCACCAUUUUAGUUUAAUCUGACCGAACAUACUCACUAUUUAGUGCUAUAUUAUGGAGGUUAGCCAAGCAAGGGGUCUUUUAAAACCAAGGAAACACCCCCAAUGAAACAUUUUAUUGAUUCUUGGGUUUAAAUAAUUAAGCAAAAACAUUACGAUGUAAGUAUAGACGAGUAGUUAAUAGAACUUUUUUGUAAGCCAAUCAAAAUUCAAAACCCAUUUUAUAAUAAAUUAGUCUUAUAAUUUAAUCAGAAUUGGCAUCCAAAUUAUAUAUUUAUCUGAUAGGUUUUAAAAUUUAGAGGUGAUUGUACAGAAUUUUAAAUAUUACUAAUAUUCCAAGGUAACUUAGUUAUAUUAUGUUAUUGUACAUUUUUAGUUUAUAUUUUAAUAUUUCAUUGAAAUGCUUUAAUUUAAGCGAAUACUAGAGUGUAUUCGAUAUGUUGUAUUAAAAAUUGAAUAUAUUAUUAAUAUCA